GACAAUUUUAACUUUUUUCUCUCUUCUUCUUAUUCUAACAUUUCCACCCGCCACUUUGAUCGAUUGCGCGAAAAUGUCAGGAAGUGUUGGCGAAGAAUCUCGGAAGAGGAAGCUAUCGAAAGCCUCAGCGAAAGUCAAUAAACGAUCUAAGCUAGAAAAGAAUAGCAGUGAAGAUGAAUCCGAUCCCCAGGCCGAGAUCCUCCUACUUGAAAAUGCGAUACUAGAGUCAAAGAAGAACUACAACAACAUAACAACACUACUCGAGCUGGCGCAAAAAGAUGGCGACUAUGACGCGACCCAGCUUGCCAUGGUUUCAUUGUGCAGAGUAUUUCUGCGCUUGCUUGCAUCGGGAAACAUGUCAAGGCGAGAUGGGCAGUCGGAGAAAGACAUUGUAGUCGUCCAAUGGCUUAAGAAGAGGCUCGGAGACUAUAAACAAUUCGUACUCUCUGCUUUUAGUCAAGAAGAGUCUGCAUCAACUGCCCUAACACUAGCUAUGCGCAUCUUACAAGCCGAGGGCAAGUACACGAACGACAAGGACGAGUCCAACUUUCCCAAGGUUUUCCUGAGGGAGAUAGUAGGUGCGCUUGUUCGGAGUGGAACUGAAGAUAUUAGACAAGAGUUCUGUGAGAAGUUCUUGGCCGAAUACACGGAUAUACGGUAUCAUACUUUUAAGGCGCUGAAAGAUAUUCUUUCUCUUGAAUCGGAUGAAUCUUCCGAUGAGGAUCUGUUCGACAAUGCAUUUGACUUGCUCUCUUUCUUCGAAGAUGUUCCAGAUUCUGCAGAAGAUAUGAGCCAAUUCUACGUUGAUGCACCUAAGAAAAAGUCUGAUCCUGUCAAGUCCCUUAAUCAACAUAAGAGACAGGCCCAGGAGGCGUGGCUAGCAUUGUUCGCUCUAGAUCCUAACCGGGAGCAAAGGAAGAACGUGCUUCAAAUCAUGACCAAAUCUAUCGCUCCGUGGUUUACCAAACCCGAGCUUUUGAUGGACUUCUUGACAGACUCGUAUGAUUCGGGAGGCGCAACUUCGCUCUUGGCACUAUCGGGAGUAUUCUAUCUGAUACAAGAACGAAAUCUGGACUAUCCGUCCUUUUAUCGGAAAUUGUACUCGUUGCUAGAUGCAAACAUCCUUCACUCGAAGCAUCGGUCUAGGUUUUUCCGAUUGUUGGACACAUUCCUGUCUUCCACGCAUCUUCCCGCCGUCCUUGUCGCAAGUUUUAUCAAGCGGAUCACGAGGUUGUGCCUCAAUGCACCCCCUGCCGCCAUCGUCGUAGUCAUACCCUGGAUUUAUAAUCUAUUCAAGAAGCAUCCGCUUUGCACGUUCAUGAUGCAUCGCGUACCAAGGACUCCGGAAGAGAAAGAGAUCUUGGAAAAUGAAGGGAUGGCAGAUCCGUUCAUCGCCGACGAAGAAGACCCAAUGGAGACGCGCGCCAUAGAUUCCUGUCUAUGGGAAGUGGUUCAGCUACAGUCGCACUAUCACCCGAACGUUGCGACCAUCGCGAAAAUAAUAUCGGAGCAAUUCACUAAGCAGUCAUACAAUAUUGAGGAUUUCUUAGACCACUCUUACAGUAGCUUGCUCGAUGCGGAACUUUCCAAGCAAGUUAAAAAGGCUCCUGUUGUGGAGUUCAUGAUACCAAAGAGAGUAUUCCUCCCGCAGGAUCCAGCCUCGGGGACGGAGGAGAGCCUUCUAGCCAAGCUCUGGGACUUUCAAUGAUCACCGGGUCAGACGUUUCGUAUAGCCUAGAGCUAUGGGGACCGCGUCAGGAUAACCAUCAGGAUAUCUUGAAAAUCUUGGCAAGAAGGCUUCCUAAUCAACAGUGUCAAGUUUACUAUGACUAUCGGCCCCGAUAUUGAUUACGCCAUCUAUUCGAUGGAUUCGAUGGAUAGUCAAAUAGACCCUCGGGUCGAUGCCGAAAGGGAAAGGGACGAGAUCGUCCGGUUACGAAGCCACUCUCACCGCUCCGACUGGCUGCGUCGCCACCGUCGCUGAGCCCUGUUUUUCCAAAGGUUGAAUUCUCGAAAGUACUGUUGGGAUCUUUUUUUAGGCCCCUCAACGGCUUCACGCGACUCCGUGCUACCACGGCCAUAUUACUUAGGUACACCAACGCAAGGUACGGAAUGACAAUCUGCUGCGCAUCGUUCGAUUUGGAAUAUGCUUCGACGCGCAGCCUCAAACUUCCAUCUUGCCCUACGUAACGCGAAAGUGGGGAAGAAGUCGCUAUUUCAGGUGUUCACGUUGGGCGAGAAAUACGUUUCAGAAUGCUCACGUUCCGACGAGAUGAGUGGUCGAAAUUACCAAGAAGGA